UGACCCUAGCAACGUUUGCUCCGCAGGCCUCUCGCCCACCUGCCACGGCACCCAGCCGACCUACUCUCUCCUGUGCCAGGAACAUGCUGCCAUCGGCACUAUGCCCUAUCAGUACCCAGCACUGACCCCGGAGCAGAAAAAGGAGCUGUCUGACAUCGCUCACCGAAUUGUGGCUCCGGGCAAGGGCAUCUUGGCUGCAGAUGAGUCCACCGGAAGCAUUGCCAAGCGGCUGGAGUCCAUCGGCGCCGAGAACACCGAGGAGAACCGACGCUUCUACCGCCAGCUGCUGCUGACUGCAGACGACCGUGUGAACCCCUGCAUUGGGGGCGUGAUCCUCUUCCACGAAACACUGUACCAGAAGGCAGAUGAUGGACGUUCCUUCCCCCAAGUUAUCAAGUCCAAGGGUGGUGUUGUGGGCAUUAAAGUAGACAAGGGCGUGGUGCCCCUGGCAGGAACCAAUGGCGAGACCACCACCCAGGGGCUGGAUGACCUGUCUGAACGCUGUGCCCAGUACAAGAAGGAUGGAGCCGACUUCGCCAAGUGGCGCUGUGUGCUGAAGAUUGGGGAACACACCCCUUCAGCCCUUGCCAUCAUGGAAAACGCCAAUGUUCUGGCCCGUUACGCCAGCAUCUGCCAGCAGAAUGGCAUUGUACCCAUUGUGGAGCCCGAAAUCCUCCCUGAUGGGGACCAUGACUUGAAGCGCUGCCAGUAUGUAACCGAGAAGGUACUGGCUGCUGUCUACAAGGCUCUGAGCGACCACCAUAUCUACCUGGAGGGCACCUUGCUGAAGCCCAACAUGGUCACCCCAGGCCAUGCUUGCACCCAGAAAUUUUCCAACGAGGAGAUUGCCAUGGCAACCAUCACAGCACUUCGUCGCACAGUGCCCCCUGCUGUCCCUGGGGUCACUUUCCUGUCUGGAGGGCAGAGUGAGGAAGAGGCGUCCAUCAACCUCAAUGCUAUCAACAAGUGCCCCCUGCUGAAGCCGUGGGCCUUGACUUUCUCCUAUGGCCGAGCCCUGCAGGCCUCUGCUCUGAAGGCCUGGGGUGGGAAGAAGGAGAACGUGAAGGCUGCCCAGGAGGAAUUCAUUAAGCGUGCCCUGGCCAACAGCCUCGCUUGCCAAGGAAAGUACACUCCAAGUGGUCAGUCAGGGGAGGCAGCCAGCGCAUCCCUCUUCAUCUCUAACCACGCCUACUGAGCAGAGGCAGCCUAAGGCUGCCCCUCCAACACCCCAGGCCCCUGCCAUCCCGUUUGCUCUUGAGGAGGAGGCCUCGGGCUCUCUCCCCGUCAAUCACUCUUGGGGCCCCUCACGAUUUUGGUGUGCGGUAUUGUCUGUGAAUGCUGACUCCGCCAUCCCUUCUAGCCCACUGCUAAUCAACUGUAUAAGGGGAGUCUCUCGGAGACUCGUUGGGGGUUGGGGGGGACAAUCAAAUCUUGUUCAAAGUCUGUCUCUCAUAGCACUUAAAGCUUUCCCGCUGCUGCAGCCCGGUGUGUUUUUAAAGUCUGCGUCAAACAGGUGUUUCUUAGCUCCCUUCCUUGUGUCUAGGCCUACUGUAAACUUGGAAAAUUGAGCUGUUCUGUCAGUCAUCACCUGCCAAGCCUCGAGUCUACAUAUCAGCAAAUGUGCUUCGGUUUAACUAUCUUGUCACCGUCAUAAGAGAAAUAAACAUACAAAAUAAACGCAUCUCAAUGCAUA